AUGAAGCAAGAAAAUGCGACCAGCAAUCUCGGACACCAAGGGUACAUGCGCAACAGGCUAAAACAUCUGAUGAAGGGAUUCAAGUCGACCGCCCGGAGGCAGAUCAGCUUAUCCAAUCGGGUUCCGGCCUUCCUUGCAACGAACGAGACUACAGUCAAGGAACCCGAGCGUGACACUGGGGAUAUUAUGGAUAUGAGUCCAGACCGGCUCUUGAUGGAGGCAAUCAACAAGGUGACUCGUGGCUACGAUCAUGGUGAAGUCUACAAGAACAUGACAUACGGCUUGGCCGGCGAAAAGCGCUACCAGUUUGCUCGCGCUACUUCAGGCCUCUACAAGAUCGAGAGCGACCACCAAAAGGACUACAAGUGCGGUGGUCAGCUCCCGGUCUGCGGCACCCCCCAGCGUGACCGCUACGAGGAGCGCGAUCCUUCGGCCCACCAACAGGACACGCUUCAGCGCGAACAGCCUAUCAAUUUCGAUGAAGAGACGAAGAACCUCGACCGCUUGUGCGAAUGGCUGGAUAGUGUUCCGCUGGAUCAUGCCGCCUUGAGCACGGACACGGAAGAAGAUGGAGAGAAUGAGAAGCCCAGCGAUUUAAUCAAGAGGCAUCUGAACGAUGACAUCAAUCGAGUGACGAGAGACUACAGACCUGGUGAGACUAUUGCCCAGAUCAAGGAUGUCAUGGAUGGAGGCCACCGAUACCAUCGCGCUCGCCAAAGCGAAGAGAACAAUCGUGCCACGGGCAAUGAUCAGGCUGCGGUCAACUAUUCAGUAAACAGCAACCACCAAGGUCCAAGCGACAGUCAUUGCGCAUUCCAAUAUGGCCACGAGACCUGGGUCAACAGCAGCAGCGAUCAGCGUGCAGCCUACGAGCAUCAACAUCAUGAGUUGUACUUCCAUGCUCGGUAA